GCGAAAACUGUCAAAUCUGUAUUUUAAUAAUUCAAUUCAUUAUUUGAAAAGUUCGAAUCGAAGCAGUCGAAGGUGCAUCUAUCAAAAUCUGGCAAGCAUUCGAAAGGACCUGAGCCAUGGACGAAGAAUAUAGUUUCGAGGAGUGGCAGCAGGACGACCCCCCUUUGGCGGUCGCUGACGAGUGUGGGUUGUGCAAGCGUUCGAUGAAGGAUCCGGUGAGCGCCAACUGCGGCCACGUCUUCUGCUGGCAGUGCAUCAACGACUACGUGAAGUCCCUUACUGCAGAGGCCAUGAUGUGCUGUCCCGUAUGCUUCCUAGACAUUGAAGAGUACACUCUGAUGCUAUAGUAAACCUAAGAACGAAACCCCAUAGCUGCUGAUAUGACUAAAAACUGUUAUCAUAGGAUAAACCCAAA